CGGGCGGCGCGAGCAGGUGCAGGGCUCCCGGGACCCGCCGGCGCGCGAGGGUCCGUGGCCCUCGCCGUCGCAGCAAGUGGCCGCCGUCGCUGGGUCGCCGUCGGUCUGCGGGAGGCGGGUUAUGGCGGCGGCGGCGGUGGCGGCAGUGGAAGCCGUGAAUGAAUUCUCCGGGUGGACGAGGGAAGAAGAAAGGCUCCGGCGGCCCCAGCAGCCCGGCGCCUCCCAGGCCUCCGCCCCCCUGCCUGGCCUCCGCCCCUCCCGCCGCCGCCGGGCCGGCCGCUCCGCCCGAGUCUCCGCAUAAGCGGAACCUCUACUAUUUCUCCUAUCCGCUCUUCGUCGGCUUCGCGCUGCUGCGCCUGGUCGCCUUCCACCUGGGGCUCCUCUUCGUGUGGCUCUGCCAGCGCUUCUCCCGCGCCCUCAUGGCCGCCAAGAGGAGCUCCCGGGCCUCGCCGGCGCCCGCCUCGGCCUCGCCCCCGGAGCCUGUGCCGGGCGGCGAGGCCGAGCGCGUCCGCGCCUUCCACAAGCAGGCCUUCGAGUACAUCUCCAUUGCCCUGCGCAUCGAUGAGGACGACAAAGCAGGAAAAAAGGAUCAAGCUGUGGAGUGGUAUAAGAAAGGUAUUGAAGAACUAGAAAAAGGAAUUGCUGUCAUAGUUACAGGACAAGGUGAACAGUGUGAAAGAGCUAGACGCCUCCAAGCUAAAAUGAUGACAAAUUUGGUCAUGGCCAAGGACCGUUUACAGCUUCUAGAGAAGCUGCAACCAGGUGUGCAGUUUUCUAAAUCACAAACAGAUGUCUAUAACGAUAGUACUAACCUGACAUGCCGCAAUGGACAUCUCCAGUCAGAAAGUGGAGCUGUUCCAAAAAGAAAAGAUCCCUUAACACACACUAGUAAUUCAUUGCCUCGUUCAAAAACCGUUAUGAAGACUGGAUCCACAGGUCUUUCAGGCCACCACAGAGCACCGAGUUGCAGUGGUUUAUCCAUGGUUUCUGGAGCAAGACAGGGGCCUGGGUCUGCAGCUGCUACCCACAAGGGUCCUUCAAAAACAAAUAGAACAAAUAAACCUUCUACCCCUACAACUGCUGCUCGAAAGAAGAAAGACUUGAAGAAUUUUAGGAAUGUAGAUAGCAACCUUGCAAACCUUAUAAUGAAUGAGAUUGUGGACAAUGGAACAGCUGUUAAAUUUGAUGAUAUAGCUGGUCAAGAAUUGGCAAAACAAGCAUUACAAGAAAUUGUCAUUCUUCCUUCCUUGAGGCCUGAGCUGUUCACAGGGCUCAGAGCUCCUGCCAGAGGUUUGCUGCUCUUUGGUCCUCCUGGAAACGGGAAGACAAUGCUGGCUAAAGCAGUAGCUGCAGAAUCAAAUGCAACCUUCUUUAAUAUAAGUGCUGCAAGUUUAACUUCAAAAUAUGUGGGAGAAGGAGAGAAAUUGGUGAGAGCUCUUUUUGCUGUGGCUCGAGAACUUCAGCCUUCUAUAAUUUUCAUAGAUGAAGUUGAUAGCCUUUUGUGUGAAAGAAGAGAAGGGGAGCAUGAUGCUAGUAGACGUCUAAAAACAGAAUUUCUAAUAGAAUUUGAUGGUGUACAGUCUGCUGGAGAUGACAGGGUGCUUGUGAUGGGUGCAACUAACAGGCCACAGGAGCUUGAUGAAGCAGUUCUCAGGCGUUUCAUCAAACGUGUAUAUGUGUCUUUACCAAAUGAGGAGACAAGACUGCUUUUGCUUAAAAAUCUGUUAUGUAAGCAAGGAAGCCCAUUGAGCCAAAAAGAAUUAGCACAACUUGCAAGAAUGACUGAUGGAUACUCAGGAAGUGAUCUGACAGCUUUGGCAAAGGAUGCAGCACUGGGUCCUAUCCGAGAAUUAAAGCCAGAACAGGUGAAGAAUAUGUCUGCAAGUGAGAUGAGAAAUAUUCGAUUGUCUGACUUCACUGAAUCCUUGAAAAAGAUCAAACGAAGUGUGAGCCCUCAGACCUUGGAAGCAUACAUCCGUUGGAACAAGGACUUUGGGGAUACCACCGUGUAAGGAAACACCUUUGUAAGCUGCAGAAUAAACAUCAAGAAAGAAAUACAGGAUCUGUUAUACGAUGUCAACUCUUGAAACUUGGCCUAAGUUUACAGGACUUGAGUGUUAAAAUAUUUGUGCACCAAACUUGAAGAUGAACCAGAAACAAUUUAACUAAAACAUGCAAUGCAAGUUGAGUGGUUUGUUUUUUUAAGGCCUUCUUGCCUUGAUGGUCAUGGCUAUUCCAGUGGACACCAAUUUCGAGCACAACAAAAAUGGAUUCUGGUCUUCUCUUCCAGUAUAAUCAUAAUGUAAAUAAUAAUUGUAUAUUGUGUUGCAGAUGAAAGUAUUCCAGAAACAGUGAAUGGUAGAAGACACAAGAGCCUUUGCUUGUUUGUCUUCUUUUUUGUCUUAAAAAAUGGUAAUUUUUCCUGCUUUCUUUUCUUUUUUUCUGCUGUUGUCUUAAGUAUGGGUGAUUGGAAUGCCAACCACUCUUAAGUUUGUUUUCUUUCACAAAUACAGUGUGCCAAAAGGAACUUUUCCCUACAUACUAAGCCAGGGAAAGGUUAUUUCGAGGGUUUUCUUCAGUUAUCGACAGACCUUAAACAGCUGUUGUGAUCUUUUCAUUUUUUGUUUUGUUACCUUACUACCGGGCGGUUUAGAAAGCAGUAUAAUCAAGCCAGUCUGGUGAGAUGCAGAUGGUUGAGAGGUUUGAGUUCCUCUGUCAUGUAACAUGCACAUCAGUCCACAUGUGACCUUCAGUAUUAGUUUGCACUACGUACUUGUCAGAAAUCAGUUGUACACUGUUUCCUUCUUCACAGCGGAAUUUAUUUUUUGCUGGAAUUACUCUGAAUCUUCAGAACGUCAAUUCUAACUGCUGUAAAAGUGGUUCUAGUACAAGCAAAGGGAAAUUCUGGGAGUUAAGACACUUCUGAUCAAUUGAUUAUUACCUUUUUACUGUUUACAGAAUAAUUAUAAGCCAGUGGAACUACCAUCUUUCAUUCCUAAAAAUAGGAGUCGCUUCAAUGGAACUUUUACAAGUACUGAAUUUUUAUACAUUGCAUACAUUUUAUAGGUUUCUUGUGCUCACUUUGUUAACUAAAAAGUUCUAGUCAGUUGAUCUGCCUUUUGUUCCCCAGAAAUGUACAUUACUGUUUCUUGCUUGUAUAAAUGUCUGGAUUUUUAUUAUAAAAAUGUCAUUGUAGGGAGUAGAGACUUAUUUCAUGGCCUUUUAAAUAUUAUAAUAAAGGCAAAUGGAUAUUUGCCCUUAGUUUACUGGUUAAAAAGCUUGUUUACAGAAUUUUUCUUUGGUGCUCAAAUGAUGAUAUGUAAAAUGUCAUGGAUAGAAAGAAUAAUUUUGUAAUAUUAACAAAACUUUCAGAAAAAAAUGUCAUUGGUUUUGAGAAAAUAUAUUAAAAAAUAAAAACUGGAUCCUAUCGUAAAAGUUUUCUAAAAUGACAUUAUGGAUUCUUUUUAAUUUAUUCUUGGUCUUAUUAAAAAUUCAUUGAAUAUUAAAUGUAGGAUUCCUUAUACUGUUUGUAGUCAUAACUUAAAAUGUAUCUUUUAAUAAUGGAAUGUCCUCAAUAAUAAAAAUGAGAGCCGAGAUAAAUAGAACAAAGUUUUGAGCCAAAGCUAUGCAUAUUUUAGGCUUUGGUUCUAUAUUUAAAGUCACAAACAUUAAUACUUGUUAAAAUAGUGAUGCAGGAGUAGUGAUGAAGUACACAUGAUCAAAGUAAUUUGGGAACCAUGAAAUUAAUACUUUGUGGUAAAAUAGGUAAUGUUUUGUAACAGUUUUCUUUAGAAGGAAAUUAGCAUUCUUAGUGUUCUGAUACCAGGCCAACAAAUGCAAAGACUGUAUAUUUCCAACUCAACUUUUGUUUCCAACUCAACUUUUAAAAAUAUAAUAUGCUUUGAAAUUGUUUUUUCUCUUUGAAAUUUUUUAGGUAACAAAAAUUCUGGUGUUGAAUGAUAAGCAGGAAGUCAAUACUGUCAUAAACAUUUAGUAAAAAUUAUUGUCUGAAUAUCCAUUUAUGUAUAGCAGUUUCUUUGCUAAGUAAGGGAAGGGCUAAGCCUGCAGAACUCUGUUUUCUGAUUUAUUAUCACGAAAUUUUGCUUUAACCUGUGUUUUUGGUUUUGUUUUUCAUAAAAAGGCCAUGAAUAUAGAUAGAAUAGUGAUAUGAGUAAGGGAUAGGUUUAGUGUUUUUUAGUAGAAGUGGAAGUUACUGGGUUUUUCUAAAUUACUAUUAGAUUGUAACCUUUUAGAUUUUGUGUUGCACUCUGUGUUGUAUUAUCUCCUAAACAAAGCUCCUUAAAAUUAAUGUGUUCUUCAUGUUAAUAUGGCAGAGUUUGUAAAUUAAAUUAAAACUUAACUGGUAUGCCAGACAUUGAGCCAAAGGAAAGAAUAAGUUCUGUCUUUCCAGGUAUAUUAAGGUUAACACUUUCUCUAUGAUGUCUGUGUGUGACAGUCAUUAGACCAUGGCUUGCAAAUAUAUUUUGUGCCGGAGGUAAAUUGGAGGUCAUGCAGAUACUAGGAUUCUAAUUUAAGUGUGUAUACAGCAAUCUUUGUUUAUAGUGUAAAAUUCUUUAUAUUUUGUACAAAAAUUAAUUCUUUUGGUAAAAUAACCAUUUUCAGUUUGGUUUUGAACUUAGUCAAAAGAUUUUCCUUUAAAUGCCUGUUGCAAUUCUAGUCUAGUCUUUUGUACUUUCCUUCAGAAGAAAUGAAUUAAAGGGUACAGCCACAUAAAGUGGACUUUUUCCUAAUGGAUUGGGAAUAAAUGCUAAAUUUUA